CGUAUCUUUACUAUCUGUUUAUUUUUUUUGUCAUUAACAGUAUUUAUUGAAAAAUAUUUUUCGUCUGCAGUAUGCUAUAAAACGUCAACUAACUACCAAAUAAAAAAAGUGACGAAACAAAACAAGAGGGAGCGGUUUUUAUCUUUAUAAAUCUUUCUUUUCUACUGAGAGCGUGUAAGUUUCUUUCCCCAUUCUCUCCGGUUUUGAGGAUUAUCUAUUUUGGUACAUGUCAAGGUCGUAAAAUAAGAAACCCGGUGAUUCUCGGUGAGGAAAUUACGGAAAGUGUAAAGUGAAACUUGUUGAAUCUUACACCUUAAAAAUCGACUAAAAAGUGUGUAACAUUUUUUGAAAAAAAUAUAUCGUGGAAGUUAUAACCUACAAAGUGACGAAUAUAAAAAAUGGCAGUCACAUCGGCAGGAAUACGGAUGGCAGAUAUGCUGACAACACCCGUAACAUCAAUAUUAAUGCCAAAUAUAUCAUACACACCAAGUGCGGAAGUUUUGGAAACUGAACUCUGCAUUGCUAAUGGUUUUGAGGCCUUCAAUUUUUUGAAGAUUGACAGUUCUACCGAAAUUGAAUCGCAGAAAAAUAAACCUGGGUUGACGGAUCAAGAAAAAGAGGAAAUAAUAAGGGCCUUGUGGAAAAUAGAAUCAUCUUUCACUGGAUCCUCAUCAAACGAAGAUAGAAUAAUAUUUAUGGCUGCUAUAAAGAGCGCAGUUGAAAUAACUAAAUAUUAUUUAAACAAGAUGUCGGAUUUGGAUAAAGAGGAAAUUAAUUACAAAAUACUAGGAAUGAAACAUAUUUGCCUCCAUCGUUUGAAAUUAAGGAUUGCUCAAACCGAAGCUCAAAUUAUUUCCAUCAGGAACGAAAUCCAAUCACAAUCAGCCCGUUUCUCGAACUCUUGCUCAAGGUCUUUAAAAAUUUGUCAGAUGAUUUUUACCAUUUUUGGAUUUUUUUUCCUUAAGCUUGAUCCAGUAGAUCCAAUGGACUAUGAAAGUACUACAUUUUACAAUAUAACAAGCAUGUUAGGAUUCGCCAUUUCAGCAUGCUUCUUGAUGAUCUCCAUUCCUAGUAAUAUUAACGAAUUCGACAAGACUGUGUGUUCAUUUGACACCACGUUUUGCGGCUUGUGGACCUUUUUGAUGUGCACGGCUACUUCCUACUUGAUGUGGAAUAUGGAAGGCAAAAGAAAUGGACCCUCUAUUGCCGUGGUUUUUGGAUUUAUAGCCAUGGGCUGCUAUGCUGGAAACGCUCUCGUCUUAAUUCGGGCAUGUUGCAAGAGAUGAUUUUUCUUCAUUUAUAUUAAAAGAUUACGUUUAUUACCUUUUUCAUCAGGAGAAAAUGUCCACGUUGAAAUAAACAUCCUUGACCAUAAA